CCCAGGGCUGGGUGGAAGCGAACAAUAGGAGACAUUUUUCAUGAAUGAGUAGUGUGAUUACACGUUUUUUACCGACGAUGCUCGAGAUUGCCUAACAAGUUUUUCCUCACUGAAGUGCGUGUGUUGUGUCGGCCCACAUGUGAUGUCCCCGGGCUUCAUACGCAGGAAGCCAGUCGGUGUUGUGAUGGAGUGGCGAGAGCAGUCUGCUGUCAGCUGCGACGAAGCCUACCUGGAGGCGCAGAGGUGGAUUGAGGCAGUAACCAAGAAAAAAUUCGGGAGCGACGACUUCCGAUCGGCGCUGGAGAACGGAGUUCUGCUGUGUGAUCUGAUCAACAAGAUCAAGCCUGGUCUCAUCAGGAGGGUUAACAGGCUGCCCACACCUAUUGCUGGACUGGACAACCUCAACGUCUUCCUCAAAGCCUGCAGGAAGCUUGGACUAAAGGAGGCGCAGCUCUUUCACCCGGGAGAUCUCCAGGACUUAUCCACGAGAGUCACAGUCAAGCAUCAAGAGACCAACAGGAGGCUGAAAAAUGUGCUGAUCACCAUUUACUGGCUUGGUAGAAGAGCUCAGUGUGACCGUUUCUAUGAUGGACCUUACCUAAAUUUUAAGGCGUUCGAGGGCUUACUGGGUACAGCACUGUACAAGGCUCUGCAGGAAUCAUCCGGUCAGAAAGGCGGCAACGUCAGAGACAGUGGUUUUGGAGACAGCUGGUGCUCAGAGCGAGAGGAGCACUUCCAACUGAGAGAAGAAGGAAGGGAAGGAGGAGGAGGACACAGGAGAGACGACUCCCUGGACAGCUUAGACUCUGUGGGCUCCCAACCCCAGAGCAUCUCAUCUGACAACACUCUUAAAGGCAGCAGCGAGGGUUGUUGCAGCGACACAGAGGCCGAUUCCUUUUUCAAGAUGGCAGACAAGAGCAGUCUCAGUUACCGCCGGUCUUCGACCCUCACUCCCAAGGCCAGCUCCCAGUUUAACCAGUUCCUGCCCACUAAAGACAAAGCCACGGCCUACGUGCCCGCUCCGCUGAGGAAGAAACGGGCCGAGCGCAAUGAGGACAAUCGGCGCAGCUGGGCCAACUCCGCCUACACGGAGGAUGAAGCCACACUCACCAGACAGCAGCAAACGCAAGAGAGUAUCGACGGGAGUAAAUCAACAAGCGAUAUCCAGGUGGACACCAGCAUCCUCCGACAGUCUCGCUACGAGGACCUCCAGAAGCACCGCGAGCAGAUAAAGGACACUGAGGAUAAGUGGCAGGAUGACCUGAGCAAAUGGAAGAACCGGCGCAGGAGUGUCAACUCUGAUAUAGUGAAGAAGAAAGAGGAGAGGGAGAAGAUAGAGGAGAUCACGUACAGCAGCAGAAGGUCCAAGACCUUAAAGGAGAUGCAAGAGGAGAGAGAAAACAAAGGAAGGAACAGCGUUGGAAGUCGCCUCGGAUCCCUGUCUUACCUGGACAACGAAGACGUGUUCGAUACACCCGUCAUUGCUCCACGUACCCGAGCCCUCCCCGCCAGGAGCUACACCAUUGACACACCGUACUAUUCCUCUGAAUCCCUCGAGCCUCCUCUGAAAGAGGACGAACCCCCAGCCGCCUCCCCGGCUACUGGCAGGGCCGCUUCCCCUCCCACCUCACGGAGAGUUGACACUGUGGACAGUCCUGCAGGCAGGGACACCACCACCAUCACUCCCAGCAGCCGCAGCUUUUUCCACAGGUCCCAGUCUCCAGCAGCAGCAGCAGCACCUUUACAGAAUCCAGUCUCAGAACGCAAGGCCACAGUCAAGGCAGAGGAGACAGCAGCCGCCGUCCCCUCUUCCAGGUCCGUGCAAAAGUUGCCCGAGCUGAGGCGCCCAUUGUCAGGCGCACAGACUGAAGCCAGGGCCCCAUCCUCUGGUUCUCUGUACAAACAACAACCGCAGCCCAGCUCAAUGGAACCCAAGCCUCCCGGGGUGUCUCGGGUUUCCGCCUCCCUCCCCAGGAGCUACCAGAGAUCGGAUAGCGCACGUCUGACCUCAGUUGUCGCGCCACGGCCCUUCGGGACCCAGUCGUCCCGCCUCGCAUCUCUGAACCGGGCAUCUACAGUGGACGACCCCCUGAAGCGCGUCAACGGCGAAGCCGUCACUUCCCAGAAGUCGGCGGUGCCGAGCCGCUAUCACCAGUUUAUGACCUCUGAGGACGAGACUCAGUCUCAGUCCAGCUCGGCUCACAGCACCGAGGACGAAGAGGACGAAGAGGAGGAAGAGGAAAAGACACCGGCAAAGAGCGUCAUCUCUGCUCAGAGCGUCUCCCCCGUCCCUCCUCAGGUCAAGACCGAAGCCCCAGUGAGUCCUGCUCCAGCCAAAGAAACCAGCCAGGAGAACUACUGUGAUAUGCGGAUCAGCCUGAACCAGAAGCCCAACAGCAGCAGAGACUUUGGCUUCCAGGCAGCCUGGGACUCGACAGGAGCUCGCGUCACGUCCAUCCAGUCAGGCAGCCCAGCAGAGAUGUGCCAGCUUCAGGUCGGGGACGAGGUGCUGUCGGUGAACGGGCACCAGGUGGCAGGAAUGAGCUACACUAACUGGAAGUCCUGCAUGGAGGAGGCUGUGCAGGAGGGCAGUCUGAUCAUGGAUAUACGCCACCACGGCAGGAACAACUGGGACAGAGAUCAACCUCCCAUGCCAUAUAAAAGCCAUAAGACCAUCAAUCUGACCAGUACGGAUCAUCCGAUACUUGUAGGUUCUCCCGACGCCGUCAGCUCCAGCCUGGAUUUCACCUCACGCGCCUCCAUGGAGAAGCUGCUGCCCAAAGAGGCCCCCGCCCUCCCCGUCCUCGACAUGGCUUCAAACGGAGUUAAUGGAGGUCUCCGUGAGCAGUCGGUGACCAUGAGGAAGAAAGAGUCUGAACCCAUAUCUUUGAAAAACUUAAAACGGAGGUCAGAGUUUUUUGAAAAAGGUGGAUCAGAGUCCGCAAUGCCAGAUAUACCGGUUCCUUCAAUCACCCCGUCCUCCAGCCACUGGUCUUGGGACCCAGAAGAGGAGCGCAAAAGACAAGAGAAAUGGCAGAAGGAGCAGGAGCGCCUCCUACAGGAGAAAUAUAAGCGCGACCAGGAGAAGAUGCAGGAGGAGUGGCUCAAGGCUCAGGAGGAGGUUGCCAAGAGCACGGACCAACAAGAGCUGAGGAACCUGGAGGUUAGCAGACCCAGCGUCGGCCCGCUCUCGCCCCUCUCCCCAGUCGGCCAGCCCACCUCUCCUCCGUGGGAGCAGCAGCAGGAGGAGGAGGAGGAGGAGAGAAAGCGGAAGGAGGAGCAGGAGCGCCAAAGGCAGGCAGAGGAGAGGAGGAAGAGGGACGAAGAGGAGCGGGAGCUGCGGCGGCUCCAGGAGGAGAGGGAGAGGAAACGGAGACAGGAGGAGGAGGAGAGGAAGAGGAGGGAGGAGGAGGAGCUGAGGUGGCAGAGGAGGAAGGAGGAGGAGAGGGAGGAGGAGAGGAGGUGGCAGGAAGCUGCGGAGCUGCAGCGCCGAGAGCGGGAGAGAGCCUUGGUGGAGCAGCAGCAGCAGCAGCAGCAUCAGCAGCAGCAGCAGCAGUGGACGAAAUCUAAAUCAUCACCCCAGCUUGAUGAAGAGGAAAAACCUCAGAGAAAAGGUGCGUUUGUGCAGCCGAGGGGCAUGGCUCACUGGCUGUUGGAGGAGCAGGCGAGGAGUGCACGUGACAAAGAGGCCCAGGGUCAGCGGGCGGCGUCCGAGCUGGAGAUGGAGAGGAGGAACAUCCUCAACGCCAUGAGAUACAGAGAGCCGGAGAGAGUGACGGGCAGCGGGGCGGCCGAGAAGAAGGGUCAGCAGUCUGCGUCUCAGGCAGAGCUGGAGCGCCAGCAGAUCCUGAACGAGAUGAAGAAGAAGACUCCGCUGCUGAUGGACAAGAGCUGGAUCCGCCAGCGCUCCUCCACCACCACCACCGACAUCAAGGAGUCAGACGUACCACCCAUGCGCAGAGGUGAAUCGCUCGACAACUUGGACACCUCUUACAACUCCUGGCGCUCCUCGUGGACGCCCAGGAGCAACUCCCACACUCAGAGCCAGGCCCGGCCUACAUCGGCCCUCUCUGGCAGCACUUCCUUUUACGGCGGAGGAUCGUCGGGGGCCCAGCUCCGGGGACCCGGCUCCUCCACCCUGCCUUCCUCCUACUCUAUGGGCUCCCUGCGGGCCGGGGCGGGAACCCCCUCGUCCCCUUGGUCCCGGCAGUCACCGUCCCCCUCACCGUCCUCUCCAUCACCUGCCACCUCCCCAGAGCCCACGUCUGAGGCAGGCGCCCCUGAGCCGCGGAGCAGGUCAGUGAGUGGCAGGAAAAUCUGUACGUUCUGUGACUCCCCGCUGGGAAAGGGAGCGGCCAUGAUCAUCGAGUCCCUCGGGCUCUGUUAUCAUUUGGGCUGCUUUAAGUGCAUCGACUGUAAGUCUGAACUCGGAGGAUCGGCAGCCGGCGCCGAGGUCAGGAUACGAAACAAGCAGCUCUACUGUAACACCUGCUACAUGCGAUUCAAAGCUGGCCAGCCAACCAAUAUGUGACAUGACUGUACUCCAGCAGAUUGACGAAGAGACUACUUGUGACAACAACCCCUGAGAGUUAACGUGUACAUCGAGGCCACUGCUGAUAGCCGGGACACCUGGUUUGGACAUACUUCCCUUUAUGACUUCCCGGUUGACUCGCUGAUGAGAAUUAUAUUCCGUUUUAUUUUUUAUUUUCAGUGUGUGAUUGAAAGGGUAAACCUGCAAAGAAGAUAUCUAGUUUAAUGUGUUUAUAUUAUAUUAAGUAUUACAGUUGUACAAAAUGUAAGGGUUCUGCAUGCAUAAGCAAGUUUUUAAAUGUUUUAGCCACGAAAACUAGUCAAAGCGAUAAAUUGUCCAUAAGAUUAUUGAGGCAGUUCUUUGUAAUGACGUUCACAGAGAAAGAUUUUUAGAGAUUGCGAGGUUUCAAUCUCCUCUCACUCUUGCUUCUUCUUUUUUUCCGCCGAGUCUCUUGGUAGUAAUGGGUCUGUCGAUCAAUAUAUUCUAAUUGUAUCUAUGUGCCUUUUCAGUGGUGGGAUUAGCAAUUAAGAUUAUUAGGAUCAGUUUCAAAGCAUAUUUAAAACCGUCUGCACUUGAGUUUCCGCUGAUGAAUGGAGGAAUUGUACACACAAGCAGGUUUCCAUGUGAAGAAUAUAUCGUACUAAAUGGCAUCGAGGCAGACAGUAACAUUUGUAAAUAAAAUGACUAAAACGCUCGUCUCGUGUGACUUUUUUUCCCCUGAGGUGAAAUUGCAUAAUUCUUUGUAAUUAUAUCCCAGAACAUGA